AUGCAAAAUUUUUCUGCCCAAGAUAUAACUUAUGCGAAUUAUAAGGAAAAAAUGGAUCUCAUAUUAAAAAAUUGCAAGCAAAAUGAAAUUAUAUUAAAAAAUCAAUAAAGGAAAAGCAUCAGUCGCUCAAAUUCAAGAGAAAAGUCAUUAAAUGCAAAGUAAAAACAACCUGCACCAAAUCAAAAAUAAGCAUAAAACAAUCAAGGUACCAUUAACAGUUAGUAGCAAGGUAGUAAAAAGAAUUUAACUAGAAAUAGAAAUCUAUCUAUAACUACUUCAUGUGAUAAAAAAUAAAGCAAUAAUUAAUUUUCUAAUUCUAAGAUUUAGUAGAAUGGCAAUAGUACUUGUACAAAUAGCAAGGCAGCUUCUUCUUAUCCAGUUUAAUCAGGAUCGAUGAGUGUCCAAAACAAAACUAAAAAAACUCCUUUAGGUACUAGAAAUCAAGCUCAUCAAUAAAAUUCUGUUAGUAAAAAAAACAAUACAAAUUCUAACAAUAACAAUAAUAUUAACAGCAACAGCAACAAUGCAAAUAAUAUAAAUUCCCAUUAGCUUAGCAACAGCCUCACCCCAGGAUUAAGAGGAGAGUAAUACCAUAAUUUCUCAAGCUUUUUCAGCUCUCAAUCUACCAAAAACAAUAUAAACAAUAAUCUACUUAAUAAUUCAAUUUAAGGGAAUCAGCAACCUCAAAAGAACAGUGAUAAGAUAACUCUUUUCCUGUAGCACUUACAAAGCAGCGACUCUCCAAUGAAAUAAAUUUAGUAAAUAUAAGAUAAGCUUCAAUCUUAUCAUCAUAGUAAUAACAAUGUGGGAGCUUUGCAUUAAAGUAUAAAUAACAAUAAAAUAGUAAAUUAAUAAAAUCUUAAUAGCAGCUUAACAAAUUAAACUAUGAAUCUAAACAAUAGCUAUUGUCACAAUAAUUUGGAUAAUUAGCAAUAAAUGUUAUAAUAGGGUUUAAUUCCAAGGUAGAGAAUUAAUAGUAAUGACUGUGUGUUUAAUAUCAACUAAUCUAGCAUUACUGGAGGUAUGCAAUCUGAAUAAUAUGAUCCUUACAGAGCAUCAUUUUCUCAUCAAGAAAGUCUUUAAUUAAACGAAUAAGCAACUUCAUAACAAAACUAAAAAGGAGUGGCUCAAAUAAAUCUGAAACUCAAUCAGCUAUCAAAAACUAUUAAAAAUAUUUCACCAUCAAAAAAUAAUUUUCCUACAAAAAAGAAUGUCUUUUCUCUUCAUUCAAGCACUUCUUCAGUUGACCCUCAGAAAUGCUUAUUAAAUUAAUUUGAAGAAUAAUUUACUCCUUCUUCUUAAAUGGUACAAUAAAAUAAAUUUAUUGAUCUUUCAGGUGCCAAUAUUUAAAUUUCAGAUAUUAUUCUUGAUAAAAAAAUGAAUAUUAAUGAACUCAACAGUUCUAAUGAUAAAUUAAAUAUCCUGUCUCUAAAAGAAAUACCAAUUUAAAUGAAAGGAAAUUCUCAUCAGCCCAAAUAAUAUAAUAGCGAAACUUAUGAUGUUAAUAAUGAGGCUUGCGAUGAAAUGUUUGCUGCUUCUAUGCCAGCAAACUGCAAACUUAAUGAAGAUUACCUACGCACUCCAAAAUAAAAUGUUUUUAGUGAAAUUAGUAAAUCACAAUAGCUCCCUUACUAACAUACACCAAUAACAAAUAAUUAAAUUAAAUAAUCUCAAAUGAAUAAUUAAAAAUAGGAUGAAAAAAAUAGGUCCAAAAGUGUUGUGGAUUAAGAAUAUCUCCAAUUCGAUGCAGUCUCAGCUAAUUAGUAAAACCAAGAAAAAAUGUUUUAAAAAAGAAGAGCUUUAACAAUUGCAGAUGAUAGUUAUGAGGUAUUAAAUAAUGAUAACAAUAAAUUAUUUGCUGAUUCGAUGCAAGUUAAUCAUACGUAUCAUGGAGAUAAUAACAGUAUGUAAUUAAACAAAGUUAGUAAGAAACUUUUGAUUCCUAAAAUAAAAAAUUUUGAUCAAAUGAUUGAAGAAAAGAAUUAGCAAAUGGACUAUGAAAUACCUCCUCAUGUUUACAAUGAAACGUUUUAAGGCGAAGAAUAUACAAGCUCUUAGACUACAAGCGACAUAAGAUCUGAAACUUAUGAUUCAUUAAACUAGACUUAAAAUAUAGACAAUAACCUGAACCAGGAUUCAAUAAGCAUUCACCCUACAAUGAAAUCAAAUCCUAUGUAAGGUUAUAGAAAUAUAAUGAAAGCUAUGGAAAUUAGUGGUAAGGAUAACGAUGUUGAAAUACGUGCUUUAAAAAUAACAAUAAGAAAAUUAUAGUACAGAGAUGCUGUCCUGAGAUAAAAAAUAGCUAAAAUGUCAACUUAGAGCCAAGAGUAGCUAUAAACUAUAUAGAAAUUAGAUACUGAAAAUAGUGAAUUAAUUAAUUAAGUAAAUGCCUAUGCUGAGCAACACGAAAUUCAUGAACAAUAAAUCAGCUAGCUACAAUAUGAAAUGCAGUAAUUUUAAUAACAAUUUUAACAUAUAAGUUCUGAUGGAUUAAAUAAAAGUAGCGAUUAAACAUUCAAAGACUCUUACGAAUAAACUAUUGAAGCACUUAGAUAGAAGUUAGUUGAUUAUGAAUAAACUAUUUAUGAGUUAAGAGAAUAAGUAUAAGAAUAUGAAAAAAAUGAAGAAAACUUAAAAUUAUAAGUUAAUCAAAGAGAAGAAGAGAUACAAAAAUAGCAAUACGAAUUUUUAGAAAAGUUAGCAGAAUUCUAGGAAGAAAACAUUAGAAUUAAUAAUCAAGUAAAGACUCAAUAAGAGUAGACUUAGAAGAACGACGAAAAAGCAUCAUUAACUAAGUAAAUUGCUGAUCUAAAUUCUGAAAAUGAAAAGUUGUAUGAUUAAAUAACUUCUCUCCUUAAAGAAAAUGAGUAAUACAAACAACAAAGAGAAGUUGUAAGCAAUGUGAAUGAUCUUUCUUUAAAAUCUCUUAAGCUUCUAGACGAUAACUCCAAGUUGAUAGAAGAAAACAGAGCACUAUAAGCAAAUAUUUUAAUAUUAAACAAAGACAAUCAGUAGUUAAAAGAAGGAUUAUAAUCCCUUUAGCAAUAAAUACAAUAACAAUAAGAAAUCAUAACAAAGAGAGCUGAAGAGAAUGCUUAUAAAAAAUUAGUAGAAGAUUCUUAGAAUACGAUUAAAGAAAUGAAGCAAAUCAACCAAGAGCUGCUCUUCAACAUUUCUAAUUUAGAGCUUCAAAAUAAAGAACUAAGUACUCGUUGCUCAACUCUAGAAGUUAAGUUAAACUCUUAAAAUGAAAGUAUUAAGCAGUAUUCUAAUAGUUAAAGCAAAGAAUAAUCUCCUAAAGAAAAGUCUCUGCUAGAGAAAAUCACCAAUUUACAGAAAGAAAUUGUUGCAGAAAAAGAGAAAUCAGAAUCUUUAGAAAAGAAAAUAGUGUAAAUGUCAUAAAAAAAUUCUUUGAACCAAUCAGUGUAAUCAAAAUAAGAGUAUUAAUGUGAAGAAAUCAACAGAAUAAGAGUUGAAAAUGAUGAGUUAAGAAAGGAAUUAGAAGAUUAAUACAAGGAAAAAGAAUGUCUGGAAGAAGUAUUAAAAAACUACCUCCUAUAAAGAGAACUUGAGAAACUAAAAAUGAAUGGGGAUUAGAAUACUCUUAAGGAUUAAGAAUAAGAUGAAGAGAUCGCUGAAGUAUUUCAAUCAGAUAGCAAGAUAAAUGCAUUCUUAAAUAGUCAAUAAAGAACUAAUAUGGAUUUAAAUUCUCAAUUAUUAAACUAUUUCUCAAAUAGCAACUAAAAUAAGCCUUCUAGUGUAAUUUAAAAUUAAGCAGAAAAUUACAACCUUUACAAAAGAAAUAGCAACUGCACAAUCACUAAUGGAAACAAUACUAAUUAUCAAAUUUCUAUAACCGAUUGUAGUCAACUGUCUCUAUUAGAGGAAGAUAAUGGCAAUAGAAUUAAUGAAGAUGAAGAAAUGGAUCCUAAUGAUGAGCUUAAAUAAAAUUAUAAGAAAUGUUCCUUCAAAGGUGGAAUUGAAAACCCAUAAAUGUAAGAUUAAUAAAAUAUAAGCAAUAUAUAGCAUAUAGUGAGCACAAAUACAAAUAUUAAUAAUAACAACUUUAAUAAUAAUAACAAUACUGUAAAUUCAAAUAACUAACUAAAAAAGAGCUCAGCUUCUUCUUCCCAUUUCUUGAGAGAGAUUGAUAGUAAUAUUUAGAUCUUAAUCAACAAUAAUAGUAACAAUACUCUUUUAAAUAAUAUUUAGCAUCUACUCAACACAAGCAGCAGUAGUAAUCUCCUUAGUAAAGAAAACAAUAUUAACUACAAUAGCAACAAUAAUACUAAUAAUCUAAUCAACAAUAAUCCUAAUCUCCAUCACCAAUAUCAAAACAUCAGCAUAAGUCCCUCUUCAAGCAAACCCCAUCAAAAUUAUUAGCAAGUCCAAGUUCUCUAAAAUAAUUAGCCUCAGUCAAAUUUACCUCACCUAAAUCCCUCUACAAAGCAGGGCACUUAUCUUCUCAAUCAAAAAUCUAAAGAAAAUGAUAAUCCUUAUUCAAAUAAUUCUUAUCCUGUCACAAACAAUCCUCAGUUAGCACAACAAAACUCAAACUAAUUGUUUUAUCAAUAAAAAGCAAUAUCUGAAAAGGUUUCUUAUUAAUAACAAUGUGCAAACCAAGUGAAGCAAAUGCAAAACAAGGAAAAUUAGUUUAUCAAGUCUUAGCAUUGA